ACAAGUUACAGGAGAGAGGCAACGGUGAUAAGAAACUCGUCAUUUCUCCGUGCUGUCGGCUCUGCUACGUCGGCUGCAUCUUUCUCCGCGUCGAUAACGGGCUCUCCUCGGCGGCCUGCCUUGCCGAUUGCGUCGCAGGUUGUAGGUUAUGUCAGAGCACGAACGGGGAGGUUCGUCGCGCGUUUUGUUUGUCGCGCAACGACCCGAAAAAGUAUGGCGAUGUGGGAGAGCGACAAGUUCCAAGAGGACUCGAAUGCGGACGGUAUCGGCGGCAAUUUCGACAACAUCCUCGUGACGCACGAUCUGCAGGAUUGCCUGGACGACACCUCCCUCGACCUGUCCAGCUUCGAGAGGGUCUACGAGCAGAGUGCGGUGUUCGAUUACGACAAGUACUCCGACGACGAUGCUGCUAUCAACGACGGGCUGCCUGCCGACGACAGCACGGCUGAGCGUAUUCAUCAUGCCAUCGGUUCAGAUGAAAUUUAUAUGCGAAUUCAUCAAGGCCAAGAUGACAUAUCGCUCGAGGAUCACGUAGCCCCUUUCGAGACUGUCACGGUUGAAAGUAUCGACCCGGAUGCCAAUCAGAAGCAUAUAAAUCGUUACAAUUGCCAAUACGAAGGCUGCACCCGAACGUAUAGUACCAUUGGAAAUUUGCGUACUCAUAUGAAAACACACAAAGGCGAGUAUCGAUUUAAAUGCGCAGAACCGAGUUGCGGCAAGGCCUUUCUCACGUCCUACAGUCUAAAGAUCCACAUUAGGGUACACACAAAAGUAAAACCGUUUGAAUGCAAUCACAAAGGAUGUGAGAAAGCGUUCAAUACCCUUUACAGACUGAGAGCUCACCAAAGACUUCAUAGUGGCAAUACAUUCAACUGCGAAGAGACUGGAUGCGUUAAAUUCUUCACUACUUUAAGCGAUCUCAAGAAACAUAUACGUACUCAUACUCAAGAAAGACCGUACAAAUGCAGAGAGAAGGGUUGUGGAAAGGCCUUUACGGCUUCGCACCAUUUAAAAACGCACAAGAGGACACAUACAGGCGAACGGCCGUACGUCUGUACCUUUGAAAAUUGCAAACGACGUUUUACUACUCCUCAUAGCUUAAAGAGCCACAUAAAAACACAUAACAAAGCUGUGAAUAAUGAUACGAAGCAUAGAGGUAACAGAGAUAACAGAGGUGACGAUGUGGCUGAGAAGCAAAAAAAGUUAACUCAAUUAGAAUUGAAACUUGUGAAAAUGAGCGCGAGCAACACCACUGUACAAUCGUACGCUGUCAUACCAAUAUCUACAGAUCUCAUACAAAGUGAUGAAAACAUGCCAUAUGUGUCCGCGAAAAACGCAGCGGAACAAGUAACUCCUACUAAUAUAAUGGAUAUUAUGACACGUCGCAAGUUGGACGUGAAGCUCGAUUAUUCUUCUGCCAAAGACGAAGAUUCGAAUGGUACUACCGGAGUUGCGCUUCUUGCGACGGAUAUUGUUUUAGAUAAUUUUAACGAGCACGCAGUUUUUAACAGUAAUGAGAACUAUAACGAAUUUAAAGUAUUUAAUCAAAUGACCGAAUCGGACGUGCAGCAUGAUAAUUUGAUGGAUGUAGUCGGGCAUCAGAGUCAUCCGCACAAGUCAGCUUCGUUACCGGAAGCGCACAGUGACGGUACAGCUAGGCAGGAUCAGUCUAUCCCGAUAAAUUUAGGGCAGAAGAUUAUGGAGGAUGGUUUGCAAAAUGCAAUAGCGCACAUUUCCGAGGGCACAAGUUUCACGAAUAAUAUGAAACAGUAUAAAAAUGAAUCCAUUACUGCUUCCGACGAUGUGUUCGCAAACCGAUCAAACGCAGAAAAUAUAUCUGAUAGCAACAAUGCGUUGUAUAGUGCCAAUUGCAUUACUAGUCAUAUUACUGAUAUUAUAAGUUCCUCGAACGAAGCCCACCUUUUCGAGAACGGGAUGGACACUCUCUCAUUCAUCAAUGACGCAAAUUUGCAAAAUGAGCCUCUUAUCGCGGUUUCAAAUCACGAUUUGCACGAGAAUGCUGUUACGAGCGCUCAGUCCGAAGCAGUUGAACUCGCGAUAGCAACCGAAGAGGAAUUACCUUCCCCUUGGGUAGACGUGAUGGCACUGGCAACUGCGCCUGCGUUGAGAGCACAAUCUUGGUCAGAAUUAAAUGCUUUCCCCACAGUUCAUUCUCUGGUGGAUUUAGUAGGUCCAGAGCCUUAUCCGGUGGAAAUAGAGACCCAAUUGCCGUCUACGGAAAACUUGAAAAAUACCGUCGCGAUGAAUGCGCAGGAGACUUCGGCGAACGUCGAUAUUGUACAAUGUCAAAAAAUUGCAGAAUAUGAGCAUAAGGCAGGUAACAUAAGAAACAAAGAUAGAAAUAUUUUACAGGAGAUCACGGCAGACGCUGAUAUAUGUAAAUGCACUGAUUGUAAAUGCGAUAACUUACAAAAUUGUCAGAACUGCACAAGCAACCCGGUCGCAGAAGUUACGAAAAAAGACACGGUACAAAUCGUAACCGACUUUGUGUCUUCUUUGCAAAGUAAAUGUUCCUGCAACACCGAGUCCGGUGGUUGUGAUUCUUGCUGUGUUGUAAUCUGUCUACAGACACUGCAGCAGCUACAGAAAAUAUUUAGCAACUGUUGUAAGAAUACUAGCAAUGCUACGAAUGCAUGUUGUAGGGAAAAAUUGUUACCAUCCUUGAUGAAAUGUCAAUUAGCCAAGAAUCAGUGAUUCAUAAAUAUUCUUUACUAAUUUUAACUAGUCACGCAAACAAAAAAAUAAUGCUGUAUUUCUAUGCUAAUCCCCAAAAAGAUUUGUGA